CAAACCAUCACCUGGACACCUCUCGGUGGUCUCAAAACACAGCCAGUUAAUUUGUUGUCAGUCAGUAUAUUGUGUGUAAAGUAAUGCAGGUCCAGCUGGUUCCUCUCGGCUCUGUCACCAUUGGGCCGCAGUCCUGGCGGGAUGGAACAGUCCGGUCCAUCCAGCGGACCGAGCGCCUGAUCCGGCAGACUCGGGCCGGGUGGUCCGCGGCUUGCAGUUGGCCCCGGACCGUCAGUUUCAGCCCAAAGCGCAUAAACAGCUCGCCGAAGACAGACGGAGAAAAGAUCUCAGCAGAGGAAAGACAUAGUUCCGUCUUCAGAAACAAAACCACGAGGCCCAAGACGACAGGAGCCAUGUUCCCUUCUGGCUCCCAUCGGGGGUCAGUGGCCCCAUUCCCGCCUACCAGCUUGCGCGAGCAGUGCGCUGCAGCCAGCGUCACCGUGGCUCGUGAGUACAUGCGGAGGGUGCGGGAGGUGGAGGGCCAGCUCCGGAGACAGGCCGCCAGGGUGACCGAGGAGGCCACCAAGCUGGAGCGGGAGCGGAGCCACCUGGAGAGGACGCUGCGCAGCAUCACGAGCAACCUGACCGUGAACCGGAGGAGCUCAGAGGGGCGGAGAAAGAGACCAGCCACCACCGAGACGGAAAAAGAUGGUGCGGAUUUCUUGUUGCUGUGGGAGAGAAGAGAGCUUCUCCAGUUGAAACGGGAUCUGGAGGCAGCGAUGAGGAGCACGCUGACCCAGCUGCAGGCUCUGGCUGAGAGCAGCAGGCAGCUGCUGGACUGUGCCGGUGAGAGGGCUCUUGUGCUGGAGCUGCUGCCUCACAGCAGUUCUGCAGGAGGGGACCAGUCCCCAGCUCAGACCUCCAACAAAACCGACCCCAUCAGCCCCUUUACACCAGACUGUAAACAGGUUUUAGAUUCUUCCUCUUUAACAGUCAACCAGUCCCAGCUGUUGAGGGAAAACAUCAGACAGAUGCUGACCAGCGCCAUUGCCAGGCAGAAUACUGCUCAUCGCACCGUCAAUGAUGGGCUCAUCAAGAAGAUAGCAGAGACGGUCAAUUUGCAGCAAACCCUGACGAUGAUGUCUGCAGCUGCCAAGCAAGCCAUGUUUCACAAACAGCGGGAAGUUAACUUCAUUCGUUACAGCCAUGACAGAGCACAGGGUCCAGAGUGCAGCAGUGAUGUACUGUCCAGAGAGAAGCUCGACAGGCCUCUGGUGCAGGUUUAUCAGAGACACCCGGGGACACAAUUACCUGAAGCCGCUCAUCUCAUCCAGGGCAGCGCAGUGCUGCAGAGCUGUUUGAAGUCCUCUGAGGGGGAGCUGGCAAAGCUGCAGCAUGCAUGUCAGCAGCUGCAGGACAACCUGCGUGGCAAGAGGGCGGCAGCUCAGGUGGAUGCAGCAGUCGUCUGCAUGAGGCGCCACCAGGCCGACAAGCGCGCUGUGCCCUCUUUCCUGCAGCAGGGGGCGCACUGAAGCCAACUCUCCAUACUUGCAGCAUGUGCACAGAGAUGUGGAAUUAGUUUAAUUUGUGGUGAGAAACAGGCAACAGACCAGUGUAAGAACUGCUACAUAAAGAUGAAGAAAAUGAGGUAAAAGUAGUACUUGCAGGCCAACAUGGCUCUAUUUACUGCUGUGUAGUUUUGCUUUGAGCUGGUUUGUGUUAUACCUUUUAGUUUAUCCCCCAUCUUACCCUCAAUAUAGAAAAUAAAACCUCCUGUCUAAA